CGAAUACCACGUCUAAUUAGGUUAACAGUAGAAAUCCGGAGCUGAUUGUUUGGAUGUGGAUAUAAAAUGUUUUUUGGAUAUUUGUCCCAUCUCAUUCUAAUUUCAUCUGUGGUCAAAAGUUAUCGGUAACUAGUUACGUCAACUAUGAAGGCCGUUUGUGCUUCUCUUGUGAUUUUUCACUUAAUGGUCUGCUCCAUUGGUCAGGGAAGACCCCCAAACUGGGACCAACGAUUUGACCAAAGACCCAACGUUUUUGGACAGGACUCAGAUAGGGACGGCGAAAAUGAUCGAAGAAGGUUUUUCGGAAAUAACUUUCGUCCAGGCGAGAUGUUUCCCCGAAGACCACCACCACCAGGAGAAAAUAAUGGACGACGCCCUGUGGAAAUACCACCCCCAACAGGACAAAUUGGACCAAGUGUAGGCGUUCCACGACAAAUACCAUCCCCGACGGACCCAAAUCCGAAUCAAGUACGACCGAUUGGAAGACAGGGACCUGAAAACAACGGACAAGACCAAGUUUCGCCACAAAUGCCACCUCCAAUGGGUUCAAAUCCGGGACCAAUUGGAGGAUUGGGUCAGAAUGAAGCUCCUCCCCUUGAACAAGACCAAAUAGGAUCAGAACAGGAAGAAAAUCCCUUAGGAAUAGGUCAGGAAGAAGUAGCGGCACCUCGACCCCCUCCCAUAAACAGAAGACCAAUUGGAGAACCGGCACCAACUCUUCCGGAACUACCCGUAGAUCAAGACAGGGGGAUGGGGCAACGUCCAAAUCCUGGAGAAACAGAGUUGAUGAAUCCUCGACUACCACCAAUGGCACGAAUUCCAAAUCCAGCAGGGCAAGAAGAUGAGGUUGAACAGAGAGGGCUACGAUCUCCAGGAAAUGAUCUUUUUAUUCCUAGGCCAAGUCAACCUCCGCCGACUCCAAGAGCACAGCCUCUUCCAAGUCCACCUCCUGUUCAGCCAGGAAUAGAGCCAGGUGGUAUGGCAACUCCACAACUACCGCCAGAGCCUCAGAUUCCAGAUAGGAUACCGGAACAAGGCAUGAGACAGCCAGACCAGUUUGGAGAUCAGGACUUGUUUAGAGCCUCUCCUGGGCAAGCUGGUGAUUUAAGAAGGCAACGGCCUAUGGGACAAGUUAGUCCAAAGUCUACUGGAUUUAGAGGGCAACCACGUCGUCAGGACAAUGUACAUAAUAGGCCGCCAAGAUACCAAACUUCAAAAUAAUGCUGUUAUUGUUCCAAGUUAUUCUCUCUGUAUCUUCUGUUUGUAAUUGAUAGAUUUAUGGACUGACUAAUGGUUCUAAAGUACAAAUAUAAGAGUAUAUGUUUUUGGAAUGUAAUAAAUGAACAUAAAAAAAUAGUAUUUGAUGCCUUUCUUAAGGAUUUAGAAAUUUAAAAUGAAAAAAAUAUUAAUUACAGAUUUCUUGGGAACAUAAACAUAAGGUUUUAAGUACAAAGAAAUCUAUGUUUAGAAGAACAAUUAACUAAUGUUUAUGACGUCAAAUAUUUUACUACAAAGAUUUGAAAUGCUUAUCCUCAAAUUUAUUUUUUGUUACUUUGAGCACAAUAAUGGCUUUCUGCUCUUGAAAUAUGUAAA